GCUAGACAUCGACAUGAUGCCAACGAAUUUCUGUCCUAGUCUGGUCACUAGCUUCCUUCCGUUUUUGCUGGAUGCUCUUCCAGGCCGAUUGAGUCGCUCGUUGAUCUCGGAUGUACUCGGUCGUUGCUUUAUGGUGCCUCCACCAAAGUUAAGACAUGAUCCGCAGGAUCUCUAUAAUUACAAUUGAUGUCGUCGGCUCGUGGGUGCUUUUCGGGAAGCCACCAUGACACGAGAGGACGGCUUAGUAACCUCGUAUUCCAUCCGUGUGACAAUUCAAAUCGUGGCUGCGGCGGGAAUGUUUUCAUGUAUCCUUGCGGCUGAGAAAAGGCAACCCUGACAAAAGGCACCUCACAGAGCUACAAUGGAGAAUGCACCAUUCAUCCAUCUCAAAAGUCACGAAAUGCACCUUUUUGAACCUUACAUACCAGAGUACCUAACGUUUAUUGUCUGCCAGACAAUAAUCAUUAGUCUUCUGAUCUACAGGGUUUUCAAAGGAUCACCAACCCGCUUCGGGGCCAGGAAGCCAAACGUUGUUGGACUGGACAAAGCAGUACGCGUUACGAGGUAUCAUCAGUCCGGAUAUUCCAUGGCCGUGGAUCAUAUUGAUGGCCGAGCUGCUUCACUUUUGUAUCUCACUGCAGUUUGUAGUUGA